GCCGAGGCCGGGCAAGGUUGUCUACAGACUGCCCCCCGCCGCCGCGGAGCAGCUGGGUGAAGCCCAGGCUGUGCAGCUAAGGGUGAAGGGGUCUAGGGGCAGGCCAAGGAAGUCGAGGACUUAGCGCUGUGGUCCUCUGUGCCCACCCCUCAUUACCCGGCACCAGGGCUGCUCGAGCCAAGGGUGUUUUCUACUUGUCCCUGCCACCUCCCAGACUCUUGGCCCAACAUGAUACUGACUAAAGCCCAGUACGACGAGAUAGCCCAGUGCCUAGUGUCUGUGCCUCCCACCAGGCAGAGCCUGAGGAAGCUGAAGCAGAGGUUCCCCAGUCAAUCGCAGGCCACUCUGCUGAGCAUCUUCUCCCAGGAGUACCAGAAACAUAUUAAAAGAACACAUGCCAAACAUCAUACUUCAGAGGCGAUUGAAAGUUAUUACCAGAGGUACCUGACUGGAGUGGGGAAAAGCGGAGCUGCCCCAGUGCUCCUGGAGCUGGCCAAUGAGGUGGACUACGCACCCUCAUUAAUGGCUCGGAUCAUACUGGAGAGGUUUCUACAGGAACACGAGGAAACUCCACCCUCCAAGUCUGUUAUAAAUAGUAUGCUACGGGACCCUUCUCAGAUUCCAGAUGGAGUUCUAGCAAAUCAGGUCUAUCAGUGCAUUGUGAAUGACUGCUGUUAUGGACCACUGGUGGACUGCAUCAAACAUGCCAUUGGGUAUGAGCAUGAAGUCCUGCUGAGAGACUUGCUUCUAGAGAAAAACCUGUCCUUCCUAGAUGAAGAUCAGCUCCGUGCAAAUGGUUAUGACAAAACACCAGACUUUAUUUUACAAGUACCAGUUGCUGUAGAAGGGCACAUAAUUCACUGGAUUGAAAGCAAAGCCUCAUUUGGUGAUGAAUGUAGCCACCACGCCUACCUGCAUGACCAGUUCUGGAGCUACUGGAAUAGAUUUGGGCCCGGCCUGGUCAUCUAUUGGUACGGAUUUAUCCAGGAGCUGGACUGUAACCGGGAGAGAGGCAUCCUGCUCAAAGCCUGUUUCCCCACGGACAUCGUCACCUUGUGCCAGAGCACAGCUUGACCCCGAUGGUCCUGGAAGAGGAGCUGGGAGGAAAAGGUGAAUCCGGAAGCAAUUUUACUUUCCUGCAGCGUCAACUCCUGGCAGCAUCUGCUCUGAACUCCAGCUGAACUCUUGCUGCCCGUGGUCACACCACUACCUCUUUAGACAAACAUAUCAAGAGUUUCUGUUUUCCUUCAUCCCUUGCUGAUGUGAACAGCCAAGAACUACAGACACAACCCACUCAUUAUCAGCGUUUCUGUCUCUGUCAAACAGUUAGUUUAUAGAUAGUCAUAAUCUUUCUUCCUUCCGGAUGGUUUCUCCUUGAAGACUGAACAAAAGAAAAAAUGUGGUAACUGAAAGGUGUGAUUUUUCAAUUCUCCUCCCAGUUACCGAAUCACCCUCUUAUUUUUUUUCCCUAAGGCUCCAUUUAUUCUCUCUCCUUCCCCCUUUCUCUUUAUGUACAGUCAGAUACCCAGUGUUGCGUUACCGUCAUGGAAUAAUCGAGCGCAGUCUUAGCGAAGCUGAAGACGUCAAGUCUGACGCUCAAUUUCCCCCCUCACCUGCAGGCUCCAGGCGGCCGCGGGGGCAGCCCGUGCCGCAUGCUUGUUUUGUCCAGUCUUUACGGUUUCCUGACUUCCAUGGCCUGAAGCCAAGCUGAAAAAUAUACUUGAUGAGAAUUUCCUCUUUUUAUAAUACUUAUUUGAACACCAAACAUUUUUCAUUUAUCUCAUUUGGAAGUAUUAGUUACAUUGUGUCUGGAAACCGCACUCCUCCGUUGGAUUGGAGGCUGAGGGAGACGAUUGAAGCUCGGUGCCAGCUUUGACAAGAGUUUAUUUUUAAAUGUGGCUGGUUGUCAGUAUGUAUGAUAGUAUUUUUAUGAGUGAAAUUUUUUUAAAGUACAGUUGGUACACUGCUUUUUAUCUGCAUUUUAUACCACAUAAUUAUGUAACACUCAAAUAAUUUAGGCAAUAGACAUAUUCAGCUUUGAAUGAGUGAAGUGUACCAGAAAUAAACUUGAGGUGAUUUUCAGUACGCAAAAUAAAGGAGAGUUUGUAUUUAUUCACUUUAAUCUAUUCACUUUUUAUGCUGUAAAUCAAAUUUCAGUCUAAAGCAAAACAUCAGUAAAUUCAUUAUAAACCUCUAUUUUGGAAAGUUAAAGAUAAAUAUAUGCCCAGAAAUGUAUUUAGUGAAAUAUUUGCCCCCACGUUGACAAAAAAUAAUGACUUUUAUAAUGUUGAAUUGGUGAGCUUGGAAAUAUUAAUUAAAAUGUAAGCUUUUACAAACAUGUUUAAGUUAUCUGUAGUGCUUGGUUCUUUCAAAAGACUAACUAUGCUAUUAGUACUAUGUUUAUUUUGUACCUAAGAGGUUUACAAAAGUCUGCUUUUCCUUUUGAAGGAUACAAACAUGUCAAGUCCAAACAUGCAGAUUUUAACUCUGCUGAGGGUUGCAUUAAACAAAAAGGAAAGAAAAAGGCGAUGAAAUCGUAAGGAGAUCUCAGGCAAACUUCUCUUUCCAUGUAAAAUACAUCACUCAAGUUUUGAGAGUGAAACAAUGAUUUGAAACCACUACUGUUGUCCACACACACACACACACACACACACACACACACACAACACCCUUUAAAUGAAAGUGUUGUGAAAAGCAGGUCUCACGGCAUGCUCUAAACUGCUUUUUCUUCUUUAGGGAUAAAUUACAUUUAUCUACACAGAUGUUGAAAACCCUGUUAAACCCUUGUCUAGGAUUUGUUUGUUUUACAUUAAACAAAUUUAUGGUGAGAGUGC